UGUGGCUGGAUUGGCCCCGCCAGCGCCUGGCCCCUCUCGCGCAGCCCAGGCAGUCAGCUUAAAGCCCUCCCACACCCUUUCUCUCCUUCGGGCGCCAGCGCAGGUCGGCAGCCCGUCCGCUCUGUACUUCUUACACUCUCCACCGCUUUCGCUCAUUCGCAGACCCCAUAUACUGCCGCCCCGAAACCAUGGCCAACACCUCGUUCCUCCAGCUAUCGCCACGCGCACAGCGUCUCCUGAAGACAACCCAGGAUUUCGUGGAGCAGGAAUGCAUUCCUGCCGAGGCCAUCUACUUUGCCCAAAUGGCCCCUAUCGGCUCGACCGAUCGCUGGCUCGUUGUGCCUCCGAUCAUCGAGCAGCUCAAAGCCAAGGCCAAGGAGCUCGGGCUGUGGAACUUGUUCCUCCCCAAAAUCUAUCCCGAGGGCCCCGGCUUGACCAACCUCGAGUACGCUUUGCUCUGCGAGGUCCUGGGCCGCUCCUUCAUUGCCCCCGAGGCCACAAACACCGCUGCUCCCGAUACGGGCAACAUGGAGGUCUUGGCCAAGUACGGCAACCAGAAGCAGAAGGACAAGUGGCUCAAGCCUUUGAUGGAAGGCAAGAUCCGCUCAGCCUUCUGCAUGACCGAGCCCGCAGUGGCCUCGUCCGACGCCACCAACAUCCGAACGGCCAUCAGCCGCGAGGGUGACUCGUACGUUAUCACGGGCCGCAAGUGGUGGAUCAGCGGAGCUGGCGACCCCCGUUGCAAGAUUUACUUGGUCAUGGGGAAGCACCAUGGCUCCAAGGAAGAGCCUCACCGCCAACAGAGCGUCGUGCUUGUUCCAGCGGACACUCCCGGCAUCACCGUCGUUCGUCCCCUGCCUGUCUUUGGCUACGAUGACGCCCCGCAUGGCCACUGUGAGAUUCUAUUCGAGAACGUGAGAGUUCCCGCCGAGAACAUGAUCUUGGGCGAAGGACGCGGGUUUGAAAUCAUCCAGGGACGCCUUGGUCCAGGCCGAAUCCACCACUGCAUGCGAGCCAUCGGCAUGGCCAGCCGUGCGCUGGAUUACCAUCUGAACAGAGCCACCGACCCGGCCCGCAAGACCUUUGGCAAGCUUCUCCACCAGCACGGCAGCGCGGCACACGAGCUUGCCCUGUCGCGCAUCGAGCUCGAGCAAGCCCGCCUGAUGGUGCUCAAGGCCGCCGACACAAUCGAUCUGCAUGGACCCAAGAAGGCGAUGGUUGAGAUCGCCAUGGCCAAGGUCGUUGUGCCGACGAUGGCGCUCAAGGUGAUGGACCGCGCGAUCCAGGCGCACGGCGCCGCAGGAGUGAGCAACGAUAUCCCGCUGGCAUACAUGUAUGCCUCGAUGAGGACCCUGCGCAUUGCUGACGGGCCGGACGAGGUCCACAUUCGACAGAUUGCCCAGACAGAGCUCAAACGGGCCGCGCAGGUCAAGGACCAGCUGAAGCACAAGGAGGAGCGCGAACGUUCGCUGCGCUCGCGGCUGUGAGCAGCAGUGCGGCAUUAGGUAGCUGGCCCAUGGAUCUACCCCAGAAUCCGUCCCAUGGGGCCCGUCCAAGGCUCCAAGCAUUUGUGCGGGAUAUCUCCUCGGCCGAGUCCGUCGCAUCAGCGCAGGGGAUCGAGCUCGGCUCUCGAUCGGCAUGUUUCCUCGUCCAGUUCCGGCCAGGGCGAAUCAAUAAACACCAUAUAUGGA